CUCACACCCUGGUCAAGGCCUCCCUGUAUAAACACAUUUCACUGAAGAACAGAAAAUGCUGAGACUUUUAAGCAGUGAGGAGCACGAAUCGGCCAGAGGGGUAAAAGGUUUUAGUUCACUUACCGUCCUUGGAUUCGUCCUGGGUGCAUUUGGAGUCCUUCUCCUGGGAUUCCUAUUAGGAUGGUUUCUGAAACCCAAUGGAGGUGUGCCAACCCAGACCUACCAGAAUAUGAGGAAAGCAUUCUGGGAUGAAAUGAGAGCAGAAAACAUCAAACAGUAUCUCCACAAUUUUUCAAGAGUCCCUCAUCUCGCAGGAACAGAACAAAAUUUUCUUCUCGCAAAACAAAUUCAAGCCCAAUGGAAGGAAUAUGGCUUGGAUAAAGUAGAACUGGCUCAUUACGAUAUUCUUUUAUCAUACCCAAAUAAGACAAGUCCAAACUACAUCUCAAUUAUUGAUGAUUCUGGCAAUGAGGUUUUCAGGACAGCUUUAGCUGAACAAACACCGUCUGGAUAUGAAAAUAUAUCAGAUGUCGUCCCACCGUAUAAUGCAUAUUCAGCACAAGGCACUCCAGAGGGGGAGCUAUUGUACGUAAAUUAUGCCCGCACAGAAGAUUUUCACUUCCUUGAACGCAAUUUAAAUAUAAGUUGCCGUGGAAAAAUUCUUAUCGCACGAUAUGGGAAAAUUUUCAGAGGCAACAAGGUCAAGAACGCACAAAACGCAGGUGCUAUGGGAUUAAUUCUGUAUUCUGAUCCAGCCGAUUACUCUGCACCUGGUGUGGAGCCCUAUCCAAAUGGAUGGAACCUUCCAGGUGAUGGUGCCCAGAGAGGGAACAUCCUUAACGUGAAUGGUGCAGGAGAUCCCUUAACACCAGGCUAUCCUGCAAAGGAAUAUGCCUAUCGGUAUAAUGAAAGGGAUGGAGCAGGACUCCCCAAAAUCCCAGUACACCCAAUAGGCGCUAAUGAUGCCGAAAAACUGCUGCAAAAUAUGGGUGGAGAACCUGCUCCGGACUCCUGGAAGGGUAACCUCAAUGUGUCCUAUAAUAUCGGCCCUGGGUAUAAAGACAGCCAGUCGUCACAGAAAAUCAAAAUGCACAUCCAGACUUACAAUGAAAUAAGAAGAGUUUAUAACGUGAUUGGAACCAUCAAAGGAGAAGUGGAGCCAGACAGGUAUGUCAUUCUUGGUGGUCACAGGGAUUCCUGGGUUUUUGGAGCUAUUGAUCCUCAAAGUGGAGCAUCGGUAGUAAAUGAAAUUGUGAGGAGUGCUGGAAAAUUAAAAACACAAGGUUGGAGACCUAGAAGGACCAUCAUAUUUGCGAGUUGGGAUGCUGAAGAAUUUGGACUGCUGGGAUCUACAGAAUGGGCUGAGGAAAAUGUAAAAAUACUACAGGAACGGGCAGUCGCUUACAUCAAUGCAGACUCAUCCGUGGAAGGAAACUACACAUUGAGAGUUGAUUGCACACCUUUAAUGUACCAGCUGGUCUACCGCUUGACAAAAGAGAUUGAGAGUCCAGACACAGGAUUUGAAGGCAAAUCUCUCUAUGAAAGCUGGCACCAAAAAGAUAAUUGGACAGAAUACAAAGAUUCACCGAGAAUAAACAAGUUGGGCUCGGGAAACGAUUUUGAAGUGUUUUUCCAGCGGAUUGGCAUCGCUUCUGGCAGAGCGCGCUACACUAAAAAUAGGAAAGAAGGAAGAUACAGCGGGUACCCGGUUUAUCACAGUGUUUAUGAGAUAUCUGAAAUUGUUGAUACAUUUUAUGACCCUCUAUAUAAAAAUCAUCUUGCUGUGGCAAAGUUACGGGGAGGCCUAGUAUUUGAACUUGCAGAUUCCUUAGUUCUUCCUCUUGACGGCCAAGACUAUGCUGACCAGCUACUGAACUAUGCUACCGUUAUAUACAACUUGGCAAAGAAACACCCGGAAAAAAUGGCGGCAUAUAAUAUAUCAUUUGAUCCUUUGUUUUCAGCUGUUCAAAAUUUUACAGAAAUUGUUAAAUCGUUUAACUUAAAAGUCCAACAACUUGACCUCACCAACCCGCUGGCUGUAAGGGCUGUUAAUGACCAGUUAAUGUUUUUGGAACGAGCAUUUAUUGAUCCUCUCGGACUACCAAACAGACAGUUUUAUAGGCACAUCAUUUUUGCUCCGAGUAGUCACAACAAGUAUGCGGGCGAAUCUUUCCCUGGGAUUUACGAUGCUUUAUUUGACAUUGAAAACAAGCAAGAUGAACUCACGGCUUGGGAAGAAGUACGGAAACAAAUCUCCAUAGCAGCUUUUACUGUGCAGUCUGCGGGAGAAACCCUGAUGGAAAUCACAUAAAAACACAUUAAAGACAUUAAAUUCUGUCACUGGCAUAAGAUAAUGGGAUCUACAGGAGAUUCAUAAAAUAACUUAAACAACUUGGAAUUAUUAAAUAGCCAUGUUAGACUUUAUAGCAAUUCUUAUAAAAAAAUAAAUAAAAAAAAUAGUGGACACAUUUUAUUUACUAAAUUACUGUAUGUUGCAAAUUCAAGAUUUUAAAUUUUUUAUAUUUAACGACUAGUUCGAUCACGGCUGACUUGUUCAUGAUAUUCAAAAACUUUGCGUCGGGACCAUCUGCCCAACAUACUGUAUAUAAGGAAAGUUAAUGCCAUUAGACUGAAGUAUUUGGCCCCUAUAGAAAAUGAGCUGCCAUUGGAUGCAUAAAUGCCCGAGUCACCCAAAUUAUGCUGACCAUCUGUUUUUACCAGUGUAAUGGAAUUACUCUACUUUUUUUUUUUUUUAAUUGAUAUGAGUAAAUGUGACUUAAAGAAAUAAAAAAAUUAAAAAAAAAACACCACAAUGAUUUAUUCCAGUCAAAAAGUGGUUGGAUUCAUGAUACAUGUGUCCUAAAUGGAGCAAUUUAUUAGUGUAGGUGCCAAUGUAAUGAACAUUGUAUAAAAUCUUUUUUUUUUUUUUUCUGGUUUAUUAGUAAGUAAACAGAUAUCCCACCUGUUUCAAAGCAUAGCAUUAUUGUGAAUUACUUUAAUGUAUCACACAUAAUACAAUAUUGAUCAAUCUAUCCACUUUGUAAAGAGGUCUGAAAAAAAUAUUGUUCUCGGUUUCUUAUUAUGGUUGCACUGUUUUAUGGAGGAACGCCAACAUUAA